CCGGCUCAGCAAAACAUUGCUCCACGUAGCUAAACAAAGUGAUUUUGCUGUGAAAACUAGUUGCACAUAAAGCGAACCAGUUGGUUAUUAUAGAACUGAUUUUCAUUUGUAACAAGUAAAAUCAAAAGUUAGAAGCUAUCAGAUUAAAGGAAUGUAUCGUGCAAAUAAUCCUACUGCACCUAGUUUUAACAACAUGAAUAAUUUUGGGAGUAGUUAUGGCAAUGUGUCUGACGGUUACACAAAUGUGACUUACAGAAGAAAUCCUGGCUAUUUCGAAAGAGUCGGAAGCAGUGCAUGUGGGAUAUUUAUUGGAAUUUUAAUUGUAUUUGCUUCGUUCCCGCUUUUGUUUUUAAAUGAGGGUCGUGCUGUACAGACUGCAAAAUCUCUGGAUGAAGGUCUUCGAGCUGUUGUAAAAAUUUCUCAUGAAACCAUUUUUGAUUCUAAUGAUAAUCGUUUGGUUCACUUAUCUGGUAAAUUAAAAACAAAUUUACCUGUGACUGAUGAUGCGUUUGGCAUACGUGUAAGUGCUGUGAAGCUUCGGCGUCAUGUUGAAAUGUACCAAUGGAUUGAGCAUGAACAUAAGAGAGAGUACGACGAGGGAGACAGAACAAGAGUGGAAACUACAUAUUCUUACAGUACAGAAUGGAAGUCGGAAGUUGUCAACAGUGGGAGUUUUAGCAAUCCUACUGCACAUAGAAAUCCAAAUUCAUUUCCGGUCAAUUCGAUUACAAAAACUGCAAGUCCUGUUUUUGUUGGACAGUUCCAGUUAAGUGAAGGACUAACCUCGAAAGUAGAUAAUUUCAAGACCCUGCAACCCCAAGUAACGCCGUCGGGAAGAAGUGACUUGGUAAUAUUGGAUAAAUAUUUUUAUCGAAGUCAUGAUCCGUACAGUCCUAAGGUUGGGGACAUUCGUAUAUCCUUUACGUAUGCAGGUGUAAGUAGUGGGGAGAAUUUGGAAUUUGGUCAGCCAGACGAAGUUAGUAUUAUCGCCCGUCAGAGUGGAUCUCAACUUUCAGCUUAUCAAACAGAAGCAGGCGAUGCGCUCGAACUUUUGUAUCACGGUGUGAAAUCUGCAAAGGAAAUUUUCGACGCUGAACAUUCAGCUAAUACUGCGUUGACGUGGGUUUUACGAUUUAUGGGCUGGUUAAUGAUGUUUAUCGGAUUUCAAAUUAUGAUGGACAUUCUUCGGCAAAUUGUCUCGUUUAUCCCAAUCAUUCGCGAGAUUGUUGGAUUGGCGACCUCCAUUAUCGCGUUUACACUGGCUUCAUCGCUAGCAUUGGUAACUAUCGCUGUUGGUUGGUUGCGUUAUCGCCCGUUGCUUGCGGCGAGUAUAUUUAUCGCCGCGAUGGUACCAGUGUAUUUGUCACGCCGAAAAGCAGAAAAAGACAAAACCGAGAGAAAGCAGUAAAAUGAUUAUUUCCCGAGGCUAAUAUUUAAAAAGGGUCAAUAUUACUUUUUACGACUAACGAAGCACCAACCAUGUUCUUCUCCACUGUGCUUAUUUUCAACAUGUGCUUUUGAGCCGGUAAAGGGCUUUGACGCUAGUAAGUGCGGGCAAAAAGUUUUAGGCAAGUGGAAGUUUGUCUAAUGUGGAUAUAUUUUAAAUUAUAUACUGAUAAUGUAGAUAGAUUACACACAAAAAACUUA